AAAAGACAGAAUGGUGUUUGAUGCUUUUUGUUCCAAUCCAGUUGUCAAUGCAACAGGGCGCAAGGAAAAUUUGGUUGUGCCAGUGGUGCCAAGAAGCAGCAGUCCAGUCACCGUGUACGUGGAGCUACCGUGCAUCGUAGAAAAAGCUUUUUCCACUAUUGCUUGGGAUGAUUUUGAAGACAGCGCAUCUGGGGAGACGCAUGAUAUCAGCCCUCUGGGAUAUAGGGCCAAAGAUUGUGAUUCAGAAGACCAUGCUCUGGAUUAUGUACAGGAGUUUACAGCAGAUUCUCCUCUGGAGAGCAGCCUUUCUCCUGCUGAUCUUGUGCCUUUCCAGGGCUGUGUAAUCCCACCACUCACACCUCAGCCGGACUUUUCAGAGGACAGUGGUUUAAUUCGUGAUGAAGGCAAUAUCCCAAUCCAAAACAAGGCAAACUGGGAAAAAAGGCCUCAGUAUCAUGGCUGUGUGCUAGGAUUCUCUGCUGACAAUAACCACACGGUCCUUGAGAAUAAACAAGGAGAGACUGAAGGAUAUAAAGAAAGAAAUCGUCACUUGAAGCAGCUGGCCAGUCGUGCCAAACAUUUGGCUGCAGUAUUAGAAAAACUAACAACUGUCAGUGAACCAAACAUCAGAGAAGCUGUAAUACCACAUGAGGACCAUGCCACCCUGAGUCCAUGUAAGAGGCAGCGUCUGGAUGAGGGCUAUGAGACAGAGACAGACUCAGUGGAGGACAUGCUGAGGGACAUCAGCACUCGCUGUAAUGCUGUGCUCCACAGAGCUGUAGAUGCUGAAGCAGACAGCAUACGCACAUUUGGUUCUUUUUCAGGAUUACAGACCUCCUUUUCAAACACCAGCAGUGAAAAGAUGGACACAGCAGAGGAGGCAGAGAGGGGCUCCUUAUUCAGAGCCUCUGUCAGAGAACACAGCACCAUUAAAACACAGGCGUUUCCUCACGGACAUGCAUUUACAACAAGGACUCAGCGAGGAGGAUACUGCUUUCGAUGGAUUCCUACCCAAAGCUAA